AUGGAGAUCGCUAAAACGGACCGAUUAAGAUCACAGAUACAAUGUGGUGAAAAUAUGGUAACUGAUUUUAAUUUCGCUGGUACAAUAUUCCGAUCGCCAAUUUACUUAGGAAACUCUAUUAUAGGUUUCCUGGACCUGUUGGUGUUGGACGACCUGAAGCCCUGGAAGACAGUGCUGAGACAACUGGUUGCGGAGCUUCUCGGCACGUUCCUGCUGGUGCUAGUCGGGUGUGGAUCGACUACAACAGCAUGGUCCGAAGGCUACCAGCCGACCACUGUUCAGAUCGCCCUGACAUUUGGACUUACUGUCGCAUGCAUUGUGCAGAUGCUUGGCCACGUAAGUGGCGCUCACGUGAACCCGGCUGUGACUGUGGGCCUGGUGGUGGGCGGCUUCCUAGGCCCGCUGAAAGCUCUGCUGUACGUGACGGUGCAGUGCGUGGGCGCCACCGCAGGCUCGUCCAUGCUCCAGGCCCUGACACCCAACGAGACGGUCGCAACGCUGGGCGUUACUGCCUUGAAUCGGCACGUGACACCGACGCAGGGCUACUUCGUGGAGAUGCUCAUCUCUUUCGUGCUCGUGAUGGCCGUGUACAGCGCAGUGUUGGGCGCCGCGAGAGGGGCGGCAGCCGCAGGACCUUUCACUAUCGGUCUCUCCGUGACGGCCUGCCACUUGUUCGCGAUGCAGUAUACUGGAGCUAGUAUGAAUCCGGCUCGUUCCUUCGGACCUGCUUUCGUUACAGGCUCAUGGACAAACCAUUGGGUGUACUGGGUGGGGCCGUCCGUAGGCGGUGUUGUUGCGGGUAUCUUCUACAAAUUCAGACCAGAUGAGCCUGUGGCUGCAGCAGAGCUUAGGACUUCCCUGAGCCAAGCUUCUGUCUUGGGAUCGGGAGUAGCGGAACAGACUGUGUAUAUCUACCUGGAGCGCACCGCAGGAAUGUACCCUAACCUAUGCAUCCCCUCUCCACCUGAGACUACUACAACCCCCGACGUCCACAUCUUCAUAGAAAGCGGAGACGCAGCCGGACCAUCGCAGACGGGGAAGACCGAAGUGCCACCCAAGGGCAGGAAGCGGAAGAGCCGGAUAAACACCGCGCCAGACGCAGACGGCUGGAGGAGGCCUAAGAAGAAGGCGUGA